GAGGAGGGCGUGGAGAGCGAGAGGCCCACGGCCAGGAGGAGGAGGAGAGGCGAGAGCGUCUCGUCCGACGAGGUGCUGGACGAGGAGCACUCCCCUGGCAGCCCGGGCCGAGCGCGCGACAUGUGGAGGCUUGCUGCCGAGGUGCCGCCUGCGGUCCGCGACCCGCGCUGCGAGGUGAAGCACUUCGCCUGGCGCUUCGACGCCGAGCCCGGGGUGCCCGACGGCCGGCUGCGGGCGCGCGCCGCCCCGUUUUGCCGGGCAUUGCGGCGCGACCACAUGCGGACGCGGCUGGUGUCUCCUUACUCGGCGGCGAGCGAGGACCGAUGUUUCGAGGUGCUGGGCCGCCGCACCUUCAGCAGCGGGGGCGCGGGCGCCAGGACGCAGCUCGGGGCGUACCUGGAGAGGUGCGGUGCCACCUGGGGCGACGCGGCAGAGGUCCACAGCGUGGUGCCCAGCCCCUGCGGCCGCGAGUUCGUCUGGCGCGUGGACCUCGCGCCGGAGCGCCUGAGACUCCUGCGGCCCGGCGAGCCGCUGGAGUCGCCCCGACCCCUGGGGGUGGCCAGGCGCGGUUCCAGCUGUUCCCCAAGGGCGACGCCGAGGGCGCCGCCGGGGGCGGCAAGUGCUCGCUGUGGCUGUGGAGCGACGCCCUGGAGCCCGCGCCCUUCUCCCUGCGCGUGGGCGGCACGCGGCGGGCCUCCGGGGCCUCCGACUUCUGUGCCCUGGAGGCGGAGCUGUCGGACGGCGUGCUGGAGGUUGGCCUGCGCCUGGAGGAGGCGCCCGGGGGCCCCCUGGCGGAGGCGAGGCCCGCGGCGACGGUGGGGCAGAGCCUGCAGCUGACUGGCCUGCAGCUGGCGGAGUGGCGGCUGCACAGGACGAUCGGCGACAUGCUCAAAGCCGGCAUGCCGGUGAGCAGCCCGCCCUUCCGCUUCCACCACGUGCUGCUAGGCGACAUGUAUCUCGAGCUUCGGCCCGGGGGUCACCCGGAGCUCUGCGGGCUGCACUUCCGCUGCCCCGUGCCGACCAUGAAGCUCCAGGUGGGGCUCUCCGUGGGCACCUGCUUCUCGAAGAGCUUCGUGGCCGAGGACCCCGGGCGCAGCACGCCGGAGCAGGACGUGGCGGCGGACAGGUGGCUGCAGGUCAAUCUCGACGUGCCGGGCGCGCUGGACGACGCCGGGGCACUGGUCGUGCGCUGUGCACUAGAGGAGGUGGUGGAGCUGCCAGCGGCGCUGCGGGACAUGAUCCCGAAGUUGGACGAGCGCGCGAACUGGCCCAAGAGUCUCCCCGAGACCGCCCUCUGCGCGGCGCGCCGCGCGAUUUUGGGGGACGCGGCGGCCGCCGGCGGCAGGGUCCCAAAAGAGGUGCACUGCACGCCGCCCCCGGGCAUCACGCGCCCGCUGCCGCGGGCCCACCGGCAUUGCCGCUGCAGCCGCGGCCCAGCCUGCCGGUCGUGCCCGCCCGACGCCGACGGCGACCGCUGGCCGUUCGCGGGCAGCGGCAUCUCCAGGGAGGCCGCGGCCGUCGUGGACAGGAGCAUGAACGUCUCCAAGUCCCUUCUCGGCAUGGCCCUGCCGAAGGAGGAGCUGGAGGACACUCAGGGAAGGCGCAGAAGCAGCCAGUUCAACGUCUACGCCAACGGGGAGAGCGUCGAGGGCGGCGUUGCCGAGCGCAUCACGGCGAAGCUUCUCCGUGCAGACGCAGCCGUCAAGGCGAGAUGCUUCAAGGUCAACGUCGUUGAUGUCGAGGAGCCCAGCAGCAGCAGCAGCGAGGCCGACUCCCAGGACAGCGACGACCCGCCGCCCCGCCUCGGCAGCCAGGCCAUCUCCGGGAUGACGGUCAACAGGCUGCGGUCGCUGGACGCGUGCCUGAUGUCUCCGCGGCCGUCCCCGAUGUGCACCAUGAGCAGCAUGAUGCAGCGCACGACCACGGCGCCGUGA